AUGCGUUCCAAGUUCAAGGACGAGCAUCCCUUCGAGAAGCGUAAGGCAGAAGCCGAACGUAUUCGUCAGAAAUAUGCCGAUCGCAUUCCUGUGAUCUGUGAGAAAGUCGAGAAGUCAGAUAUCGCGACCAUCGAUAAGAAGAAAUACCUUGUUCCCGCGGACCUGACUGUCGGCCAAUUCGUCUAUGUUAUUCGCAAGCGCAUCAAGCUGAGCCCAGAGAAAGCCAUUUUCAUCUUCGUCGAUGAGGUUCUGCCACCUACUGCCGCCCUCAUGAGCAGCAUCUACGAGGAGCACAAAGAUGAGGAUGGUUUCCUAUACAUCACAUACUCCGGCGAGAACACCUUUGGAGAAUCCUGA